GCCCCCGCCCCGCCCGACCCCGCUCCGGUACCGGCCCCGCUGCCCUCUCCCCGCUCCGGUACCGGCUCCGUUGCCCGCCAUGAGCAGCUCCCAGUUCAACAAGGGCCCGUCCUACGGCCUCUCCGCCGAAGUCAAGAACCGGCUUGCCCAGAAAUAUGACCCACAGAAGGAGGCUGAGCUGCGGACGUGGAUUGAGAGCGUCACAGGAAAACAGAUCGGACCUGACUUCCAGAAGGGGCUGAAGGACGGGGUGAUCCUCUGCGAGCUCAUGAACAAGCUGCAGCCCAACUCGGUGAGGAAGAUCAACCGCUCGGCUCAGAACUGGCACCAGCUUGAGAACCUCUCCAACUUCAUCAAGGCCAUGGCCAGCUAUGGCAUGAACCCCGUGGACCUCUUUGAGGCCAACGACCUUUUUGAGAGCGGGAACCUGACGCAGGUGCAGGUGUCACUGCUGGCGCUGGCGGGAAUGGCCAAGACAAAGGGGCUGCAGAGCGGGGUGGACAUCGGUGUGAAGUACUCAGAGAAGCAGCAGAGGAAUUUCGACGAGGCCAAGAUGAAGGCUGGGCAGUGCGUGAUCGGGCUGCAGAUGGGCACAAACAAGUGUGCCAGCCAGUCCGGCAUGACGGCCUAUGGCACCCGGAGGCACCUCUACGACCCCAAAAAUCAGAUCCUGCCACCCAUGGACCACUCCACCAUCAGCCUCCAGAUGGGCACCAACAAGUGUGCCAGCCAGGUGGGCAUGACAGCUCCCGGCACCAGGAGACACAUCUAUGAUGCCAAGAUGGGGACAGAGAAGUGUGACAAUUCCUCCAUGUCGCUGCAGAUGGGCUCCAACCAGGGCGCCAACCAGAGCGGUCAGGUCUUUGGCCUCGGCCGCCAGAUCUACGACCCCAAGUACUGCCCACAGGGCAGCCAGGGCGAGGUGGCCAACGCCGCCGGUGACCAGAGCGGGGACCCUCCCGGGUACCACUACUACCAUGAGGAGGAGGAGAGCUACUGAGCAGGACGGCUCAACCCCGUCUGCACCAUCUCAUGUACAGCCCCGCUGCCAGCCACAUUCCAGCCUCCACUUUCAUCAUUCCUUCUUUUUAAACUCUUUUUUAACUUUGGAAAUGAAUCUAUUUUUCUGAGCAAGGAAAUAAAGACCCUGUUUCUAGA